GGCUGGCAUAUUUUAGUUCGGGAGGUUGAAAGUACCGGGGAUCACAAUUCCCAAAUCAAGAAAUCCCAAUUUUGGGAACCCUAAAAUCUAAACAUUCUCUGGCUAGGGUUUUGCACGGAAAUGGAAUCCCAACAACAGCAAGGAAGCAGCAACAAGAAGAAGACGAGAGAUUUGCCCAACUUAUCGGAAUGCCACUCUUGCGGCUUUCAAUUUGAUUCUUGCGCUGGUAAGAACAGACUCCAAACCCUAUAUAGUGAAUGGCGUAUUGUCCUCCUCUGUAAAAUCUGCUUUGCUCGCGUUGAAUCCUCCCAACUUUGUUCUUACUGUUUCAAAGGUUCCUCUGAUAAUUGCUUCCAUUGUUGUGAAUGUAAGCGCAUUAUUCACAAAGAUUGCUUUUUGGAUUAUGCUAGUGUUGCUCCUUGCUCUUUCUCUUCUUCUAAUUUUUCCGUUUGCGUCGAUUGUUGGGUCCCCAAAUCCGUUGCUGCCAAAAGGGCAUCUCUUAGGCCUAGCAACAGAAAGAAGUCUGCGGUUUUAGGUUUUGGAGAUUGCCAGAUUAAGUCGCCUGAGGAUGUGGUUAGGGAGGCCAACUCUGCUGUGCACAGAAAGAUUGAGGCUGAUGCUAAGGCUAGAGAGUUGGCUGAGGAGAAGGCUUUAGCUGCAAGAAGGGCCGCAGAGUUGACUAAGGUUGCUUUGGAUUCCAUGAGUCUGGGAGAUGAUAAUGGCAGUCCAGCUGCUGGCAUUGACGAUGUAGAAUUGGCAUUGCAGUUGCAUCAAGCAGUGAAUAGCUCAUCUAGCAUUUUAAAGAAUAUGUGCUCUGUCAAUUCCUGUUGCUUGGCCGUACAAAAAUCGUUGGUUAGUUCUGGUAAAAGUGUUUCUGACCCUUCCAUUUGCGUGAGGGUUUCAGGUUAUGGUUCUUCCAUAAAUAUGGAUUGUUUGGAUCAUAAGAGAUUUGAUGAUAGUUGGAUUAGACCAAAUGCUAAAGAUUCUAAUGCUGAGGCACAGUUCAAGGAGGGAGAAGGAAGCUGUUCGAACAGAGUGAUGUACUCUGAGUCUCAAUCUUGUAGGAAGUGGAAUAGCCAGGUGGUGCCUGCAGAUGAAAGAUGCAAUGGGAAGCCAGCUGGAUAUUUGUCCAAGUAUAAUAGGAGUGCAACUAGAGAUGAAAGAUAUCAUGCAAAGCCUGAUCGAUAUUUGUUUAAGUACACUAGGAGAAAAACUGCAGAUGAAAAACACCCUGGAGAGCCUGAUCGAUAUUUGUUUAAGUAUACUAGGAGAAAAGCUGCAGAUGGAAAACACCAUGGAAAACUUGAUCUAUGUUUGGCGAAGUAUAGUAGGAGAACACCUGCACAUGUAAAACACCAUCAAAGGCUUGAUCAACAUUUGAUUCAAUAUACAAGGAGAACACCUGCAGAUGAAAGAAAACAUGGAAAGUCUGACAGAUAUUUGAUAAAGUACAGUAGGAGAAAGUUUAGCCAGAGAUCAAUUCUAGAUGGUAGGUCCAAUUACUUCUGUGAAGGUUUGCUCCAUUAAACUCAGGUGUUGGCAGUUGGACUAAUCGGAAUCAGUGAAGAUCUCUAGUGCUUCACUGCAGGCAUGUUGGAAGAACAUAAUUUUUUUUGUUCAUGCUUCUAAAAUUAACUUGCUCGUUCCCAUGAUAUGAAUAAGUCAAAGCACCAUAAUGACAGUGCCUUCUUCCAAUUUCUCUGACUGUUAUGCAGUUUCCUGACAGAAGAGUUCUCAAACAGGCACAAAGUCUGCUCAGUUUUGCUGAUUUAGUCAAAUAUUAAGAUGGUAAGAGUCCUGAAUUUUUGUAGUUUUCUGUGAAGCGUAUUUCUAUACUAGGCAAAGCAUUGGUUCCAAUAUUGAUUUUCAUGAAUACCACUUGGCCAAUUUGAUGGAAUUUUGCUUAUCUUUUACUAGCCAAAUUCUUAUUCUUGUAUUUAAAUAAAACUUGUUAUAGGUUUGAUAAAGACCAUUGGUGCAAAUACAACCAAAAACAAAUAAGUGUUAAUUUUAAACUAGUUGGUGUUGGCUGUAUGGAUCAUUUUUCACCAUGUGAUUCUGUUUAAGGUUUGUUCCAUAUCAAUAUUAAAAAUUCAUACAUUGUUAGUCAUACAAUCUUUUUUUUUCUUUGGAAUGGUUAGCAAAAAGCAAUGAAUUUUUUUUGGGAACAAUCCAUUUGGGACAUCACAGCUAUGAUUUGAGGCUGUAGUCUUUUUACCCUUUUAUGAGGUUAGGAAAUGGAUUGUUUAUGCUAAAAGAUAAUCAUAGAAUCAAGUAGUGAAAUUUUCUACCGACCCUUUUCUGAUGAAUUUUGAAUAUGAAGCUUUGAAUGCUUAUAGCUUUGCAUUACUAAUUAGGUCAGCAUGCAGGUCAGACUUUUUACGACUUUUUUGUAGGUUGGUUUGAAAGCCAGGAAUCUAGGAUGAGUAUAAGUAGUAACUGACUUAGGCAGGGUCCACAGGGAGAAAAUCACUAAAAUGCAAAAUAACUGUAGGAAAUGCAGGUUUUAGAGGCUAUUAUGUAUUAUUGGUCUUGUGAAUGCUACCUGGUAAUGCUAGUUCGGAUAGUCUGCAUGGUUUACACCAAAAUCUUCUUGCAAAUUUGUAAAUUUAGCAUUGUGAGCUUCAAACUUGACAAUAAAAAAGCUAAUGUAUAGAGGCUCUCAAACGUGUAUGCUAAUUUGUGUUCUCGGUUUAAUCUUUAAAUUGCAUUGAUGUUGGGAAACUUGUAUGCUAUUUCAAUUUGUGUUCUCAGCUUAAUCUUUAAAUUGCAUUGAUGUUGGUAUAAUUUGUGCCCUAUUUACUAAGAGAGUACAGUAAUGUUCACAUGAAGUAUAUGUGACAAAUUCAGUUCAAAGAAAAUUACAUUGUUUCUGUGUUCUGUCGUCUUGCUUUGCUAGCUUCCUUGCUCUUUUAUGUUCGUUUUUCUUAUCUUCAGUAGUAAAAACAAUUCCUAGCCAACUACCCUCUGUAUCAGCGCUUUUGUUUGUCAUUACAAGAUAUCAAUGUUCAUUUUUAUUUUUACAAGAAAGCAAGUCUUAGUGUAGAUUUCAAUAGGAUGAGCACUGAUGUCUAAGGUUUAGGCACUGAUGUCUUGAAGGUUUAGGGUAACUUCGCCCGCGCUUUGCUGCGGGCUACAAUUAUUCUUUUCUACUUUGUGUAAAAGUGGAACAUAUUAUGUAUGGUGUACUAAAUGGACAAUGAAAGAUCAAUGUUUAGAUUUUUUUUCA